AUGUGGAUGUGUGGAGCAAAAGGAAUGAAAUCCAGGAACGCGUACACGAAUGAGUUGAACAAGCAGGCUGUUGUCCAAUGGUGCGUUAUUGGCAAAAGCCGAUCAAGGCCAGCAAUAACCCCGCAACGGAACUGUAUAUGCAGCAAGGAUUUAAUCACCCGCACGCGCACAUGGUCAAAAGCUAAAGAUAGAAAAAGGGUUUUACGAGCUGGAACAACGUCUGUGAUCGAACUGCCUAACAGUGACCUGUGCCAACCGCUGAACUGCAAGAAGAAAGACAUCUGUUUGCUGGAGGAUUCGUUCACGGCUGUCUGCGUGAGCAAGAAGGAGCUGCAUCGCAGCGGAGACAUCGUCAUCCCCAAGUCCAAGCUGCAGCAGCAGGAGACGCAACAGCUGCAGCAGACUCACAGCCAGGACGAGGACAUCUUCUAUGACUCGGAGGAUGAUUCCGAUGACGACGAGGCAGAUUCUGCACAGGAUAUCAUCAGAACUCGUUGCACACCUUGUCCUGUGAUGAAGCCGACAUUCCUGUGCGGAAAUGACAACCACACAUACAGCUCGCUGUGUCGUCUGGACUACCAUAACUGCGUGCAUCGCUCCAGCGUCAAAGUCUUCUGCAAAGGAUUCUGUCCUUGCAAAGAAGGAGAUAUCCACAUGCGGAAGAAGCAGAAACAAGCUGAACGAAUGAAUAAUUUCAUGAACAAGUACAAGGCUACCAUAAUGGAGCAGGAGAAGAACCCCCAGGCCGCAGCUGACAAAUACACAUUCACCCCUCAAGACUUCAAGUACGAGAACAAGCACUACAAGUACAUCAAGUACACAAAACAUGACAACAAGAUCUCAAAGGACACGUUCACAGCGACCAACCCGCCCUACUACGAGGACAAGGAGCGACUGCGGGGUGACAACGAGGUGCUCGACACGAAGCCCACGCUGGGUUCGGCCAACUCGGUGUUGGGAGGGGUAAGCAGUGGGGGUGGCAGCAGCUGGACCAAGGAGUGCUCCCCCUCCGCACUGCAAGCCAUGGGCGAUCGCCUUCUCGACUGGUUCUCUGUCAUCAUGGCCGAUGCCAAGCGGAGGCGUACACACACCAAAGGAAAAGGCAACCGAUUCCCCACCGGAUGCAAGAACGAGGUGCGCUGGAUGUUCGAGCACUUGGACUCUGAGCCUGACGGCCAGCUUUCUCUGCAGGAACUUUAUGACUUAGAACACGACCAGAACGAGCAUUGCAUCAAACCAUUCCUUGACGCUUGUGACACUGAUAGGGAUAUCUUCAUUAGCCCACGUGAAUGGUGCAAGUGCUUUGACAAAACUGACCGCCCCUGCGCUGCUGUCAAGAGGAGAAUCACAUCUGCUAUUGGCAAGUCUAAAAUGUUUCCUUCUUACAAGAAAGCAGGUAUGUACGUUCCGGACUGUGACGGGGAUGGCUACUAUCGCUCGACCCAGUGCCACAACUCUGUGGGAAUGUGCUGGUGCGUCGACAAGCAUGGCGUCGAGCUGCCCAACUCAAGAACACGGGGCAAACCCAAUUGCGGUCAGUUGCAAAUCAUUAUACCGUAGAUUGGAGAGU